CCCGUCCCACCCGUUCUCGUCAGACGUUCGCGCGCAAACUGCGCGGUGUGUUUCGUGCCGUGUGUGUUCGGUAUGAAUAAUUUGUUUCUCUUAUCCGCCGGUGUCGAGACGUAUUAAAGAAGGUUUAUAUUCGGCAUCUCAACGGCAGUGCGACGAGAACCCGGUCACAGAAUGGAGAACGUUUCCAUGUCCAAGGGAAUAUUUGCUUACAAAGGGCGUUACAAAAUCGGUAAGAAGAAAAAUAAAGUUCAACGACCGAGCUACGUUAACGAACCGUGGUACGUCGCGUACAGUGAAACGUGGAAACACAUCGAGGAGGCUGCAGAGAACGUCAGGUCAAGAAUAUUUCAACAAGUCGUGUCCAACGUGGUAGAUUUCGUUGAAAAAGUAAAAGCGUCACCGUCAGAUGCGACGUCUCACGAAAUAGCCACGGCCAUUUUGUUAACAGGCGUUAACGUUCCCGAUCAUACGACACUCUUUAACACGACGAUCACCAGACUCGACAAGAUCACGCCGCACAUAGCCAUGUUGUGGAGCAGAAAUUGCAACAAUCUGAAGAGCACUAUCGAGGACGCUGUGUAUCAACUUAUCCACAAAGCAGAAUCGGCGGAUGACGCUCCCAAAGUGCGCAAAAGUCAGUGCACAAUGCGAACGUUGAGGGAAUGGUUCGCGGACAAUCACGAUCCGGAGGAUCCCUUGGUUCUUAUCUUACCGGAUUUCGAAAGCUUCUCCACUGAUGUUUUGCACGAUUUUAUCCUGGUGCUGAGCUCGUACAGAAACGCAUUGAAAUUUGUGCUCGUAUUCGGUGUCGCAACUUCGUUGCACGUAGUUCACAGAUCGUUGACGUACGACGUCACAUCGAAAUUAGUGGUGCAGGUGUUCUCCACCCAGACGCAAGUGACGACGCUAUCCGACGUAUUGGAAAGCACCGUUUUCUCGUCGGAGAUUCCGUUCAAAUUGAUCGGUCGCGCGUUUCAACUGCUGACCGACAUUUUUCUGUUUUACGAUUUUUCGGUAGACAAUUUCUUGCAGCAUUACAAGUUGUGCAUGAUACAACAUUUCUACGACAACAACGCGAGUUAUCUUUGUUGCAAACCGAAAGACAUCGGGGAGAGAAUUUCGAAACUCACGGACGAAGAUAUCGCGGACAUUAGAAGCUUGCCGUCUGUCGCGGAAUAUUUAAAGACCAAAUUAAAGGACGGCGAUAAUAUCGAUAAUUGCAAAUUCAAGGAGAGUUUCGAGCGUUUGUUAAACGAGUUUCACAGUUUCAUGGAGCGAUUUUUGAUUAUUUUGAGAUGUUUACACUGUCUGGUCGCUUCCCUGCCGGGUUCGCCAAUGGGCAAACAGUUGCGGGAAGUUUACACCAAAGCGGUUUACGUGAGCAAUCUCACGGAAUCCGCGGAGUACGAAGAGUGCAUGAAAUUAUUGAAAGUUUUGUCGAAGGAGGAGCUGUUCUCAAAACUCGAAUCGAUCGUAAAGAUCGUCGGGAAAUCCAAGGAUCCGAAGAUAAAGGAGAUGCAAGCCCGUCUCGAAGCUCAUGUCAAAACGAUUCGAGAUGCCAUUUUGAGCAGCACGGGAGAAACUUCCGAGAUAAUCAGCACAACAAAGGAGAAUCUUAAAAAGUUGGCGGAAAACCGCAAACAAUUGAAAGAGAAACUGCUUGAAAACAUAAGUCAGCAACGAUCGCGUUCUGCCCACAAGGCGCAGUGCGAUUUGAUCGAUUACCUGGAUCGAGAAGUAUUCUCCGUCCACCUGGUCGACCCGAGUCGUGUGACGGCACACGAGAUAUUCUGCUACAAUGACGGGAACCAGGCGAAGCACCACAUCCGCGGCUCCGUAAGGGCCGCCAUACACACGGGAUUGAGCGAUCCGCAGAUGUACUUGGACUGCGACUGCUGCAAAUUGGAGAACGACGGCGACAUUCCGCGCACGCUCCCCGACUUGAGUAUAAUUUAUAAACUGCACUUGGAGUCCAGGAAGCUGAUCAAUAUGUACGACUGGCUGCAGGCAUUUCUGACGAUCGUGGAGCCGCAAGCCGAUGCCGAGGAGCAACGCGACGUGGAUCCGCAACUGCAAGCUCGGUUUACUCAAGCGGUCGCCGCGCUGCAGUUCCUCGGCUUCAUCAAGACUUCUCGAAGGAAAACGGAUCAUGUAAAGCGUCUUACGUAACAACAAUAUCGCGCAUUUGAUUGUUUGUCUUGUCUUCCCGCAACGCUUGUUGUAUGUAUCGAAG